AUGUUGAGCGGCUUCGGCGACGAGCCUUUGGUGUCAGAGCCAGGGGCUGGCUCUGGAGGCGAUGCUGAUCCUGCGAAGCCGCCGGGGCCGCCGCCUGCCUCAGCUCCUCCCUCAAAGCGCAAGAGGGAGUCGGGCUCCAGAGGUGUGAAGAAAGCGGACACAGGCAAGGCAUGCUUUGUCAAGUCUUGUGAGGACGAUAAGUUGGUGGGAAAGAAAUGGUGCUGCCGCCACAACCGCUUGUAUGACAACCUUUGGACCCAAGCCAAAAAGAGCAACGAGACAUUCGCUGUACAGCAAGCCAUGAGCACCCCAGAAUCUGCCGACCAGGCGUUGAGUGAGUUUGAGCGAGACAACCCGCCCCAUGCCAAGUAUGCGAGGAAGACCGUAGUUCAGUGGGGACAGUUCAAACGAACCCAUGUGGUCGUGCAGUGCAACCGCCGUCGCAACGGUUGCAAACCGUACGAAUGGAAACAGUGGUUGAAACGCUGCGAGCAGAAGAUGGGAUGGUCGGCAUCAGACGCCAAAGCCAAAUGGAACGAGUACUCCAAGUCGCAAGACAUUGAGAAGGACAUGGAGGGGUUGAACGGUUCCUUGAGACUGUGGAUUCCCACCAUUGAAGCCACGCACAAUGACACCGACCGGUCGCGAGCCUUCGCCUUUGAGGAAGCUGGAAUGCAGGAGCGGGACAUGGACGAGGACCACAGACAGGUCUUGAUGGACCACUGCUUGCAUUCCGGCAAGAGUGCCAACCAGGCCGACGACAACUUCCUGCAGGGCCGAGUGGUGAAUGCGGCGGAGAAGGACGACUUUCCUGAUCUUGAUCUAGCGACCCCCACCAAAAGGAAGCAGCUCGAUGAUCCAGCAAGCAAGGACAAUCCAAGUCCAGAGGAUGAGAAGAAGCGAAAGCGCCUGGAGAAGUUGGCAAGAGGCCCGGCGUUCGAGGCACACAAGGCCACCAGCGUGCACAGGUUCAAGGAGAAGAUUCAAAGCUUCGACAACCUGAUGACCGCCGUCGGCACGAAGAUCCAGGAGGCCCAUGCCGAGAUGGGCGGCGGCGGCGGGGAUGCCGUGAAGAUUUCCUACAGGAAUGCUAUGGAGGCCGGCACGGCCUUGUUGGAGCUUUGGAGGAGGGAGGUGGAACUCCCGGCUUGCGAGGGCAAGGCCGAGGAGCUCACGGACUUGCCCGAGGCUGUUGCUGCUGCCCAGGAUGCUUUCCGCGUCAAGUGCGAACUGGUCAAGGAUCUUGUUCAGCCUGUGAACAACAAGCUGACUUGCUUCACACGUGCUGCCUUGGGUUGGUUCCUUGCUAUCCUCGAGAAGACCACCUGCGUCUAUUUGCUGGAGCGCAUCGCGACCGAGAUGAAGGACCACGCAGCUGUGAUUGACCAGUUUGCCAAGGGGUUGCAGAAGGUUGCCACAGAUGCCAGGAACUUCCAGAACCAGCUCAAGCGAAAGGCACAGCAGGACGAGGCAAAGAAGAAGCGGGAAGAAGACAAGAAAGCUGCUUCGGCCGCUACCGCUUUGGCCAAGGCGGCAGCAAAGAAAGUGAAGAGCGGCUCGAAAGGCGGACAUGAGAUCUUCAGGGUUCCUGCCGACAAGUGGGGCCAGAUGACAGAGCUGUCAUCCCCAGAGAGCGUCGGAGAUCACAUUGACGAGCCAUGGGUCCUUCGAUCAAGCAGUGCUGUGGAGACUUGGAAGAACUUGGACGUGGUUGCCAUGCGGCUGUCUGAGUUCGCUUCACUUUACAAGAAGGGCGCAAGCUUCAAGGCCGAGCAGCGUGCGCAGGCGAUCAUUGCUGCCAAGCAGGGAAAGGAGGAAACAUCCUCCUUGUUCGCGAAGUUCAUUCCCUCCGACAAGAUGCUCGACAUCGAGGCCGUGCCAGGGGGAACGGACUUCAUGGCCAAUGUUUGGCACUUCGGCUAUGCCCCCAAGCUUGCCGGGUGCUGGCUGGCACCGAAUGCAGCAGCGAUGUGCAGGGUCCUCGUCAUGGGCCAAGUCAGUGUCAUCGCGUUCGAGCUCUCCAACGUCCUCGAUGUGCUUGGCGACGUCACCUGCGACUCCAUGAGCGAGGCCCUCUUGUCAUUGGACCAAUCAAGUCCAAACUGGUCCCGCUUGAAGGGUCGCAUGAUCGAGAUGCGAGCCGGUGAUGUCUUGUGGGUCCCGCAGGGAUGGGUCAUCUGCGAAGAGGUUUCGAGUUGCUUGUUGUGUUACGGAGCCCGCAAGAGUGUGCUGAUCAAGACGGAUGCCGCAAAGUCAAACUAUGCGGCAGCAGCCGGCCUGCUGAAGCGCUCGGGUCGGGAUGCCAGCAAAAUGCAGGCAGUCCUUGACUGUUACAAGUAA